AUGAUCGAUUCAUCUGGGAAUAAUUAUAAAAUGCCAGGUUUGUUAAAAUUUCUGUUGAAAACACAAAUUUCAUAUGAAAAAUCGGAGAGGAAUACAGAUACUUUUGGAGGGCUUUUUCCAUCAGCUAUAAUAUAUGAUAAGCUUAGUAGUAAGCAGCACGAGAAUUGCUCCCAAAGCUGGAUAUGAUUGAUAUUCAACACAUUAAUGCUGAUUUCAACAGGAAAUUGCAACUAUUUAAGAGAGUUUUCAAAUUUUGAUGAGAAGUGAAUCAAUAAAAUACUAGCCAUUUUUGAGGAUUUAAACAUUAAUUUUUCUCUAGAGCAAAAAUCUGAGAAUUUAUGAUUCAAUUUAGAUUUCAAAUGGGUAACAACGAUAGAAAAGGCAAUUUUAAACGAGCUAUAUGCAAAAUUAUCAUCAUGGCCUAUUUUGCAAGAUCAAGUAAAAUUUUUACCAAAUAAUUUGAAUAUAAGUCAAUUAUGUGCCUUAUCAGAGUAUCAAGACAAUAAUAAAGUGGGUGAUGCACUCCAGUUUAUCGACUCAUUAAAGCAAAGCAAAGAAUCAGAUCCUUAUCAAUUUAAUACACCAACUUCAAUAAGAUUAUAUGAAAAUGAAUCAUCUCCAACAUAUCAUUCAGUUAUUAAGGUCAAAAAAAUCUUAAGUUCAGCACUCAGAAUUCAAAUUUUAAGCAAAUAA